AUGAACCCCUCCGCCUCAGGCUCGGCCCUGCAGCACGGUUGCGCUACGGCCGCUGAACCCACACAACAGUCAAUCGCAUCUUCAACGCAAACACAUUCCUUGAAAGUUGGAGCCAACGAUAGCUCUCCUCACGGCGGGGAUGGAGUUGGUGGAGAGGGUGGAGCGGGUGGGGAAACAGGAGCACAGUUGGCGGGAGGUGGAGCUUCCGCAGGUCGAGGUCCCAAUGCAGCCACUUCCGCGCACUCUCGCAUCCGCCGCCGCAAUCGAAUGAUCACAUCGUGCCUGGAAUGCCGCCGGCGGAAAUUAAAAUGCGACAGGCUCCACCCUUGCAGCAACUGCGCGAAGAACAAGCGGGACUGUUUGUUCCUGGCUCCCGCCUUGGACCCAAGCUCCCGGAAAAAGCUUACUGAGCUUAAGGAAAAGAUGGGCUCAUUGGAGCGUUCUUUGGAAGAGGAUGUGGUGGACAAGAAGUUUUUUUUUCAAGAGGACAAUCAACUUAAUGCUGAGGGUCGGAUCGAUUUACAUACAUUGGGAGGGCUUCUCCAGAACCCAACUGAGGGGCAGCCUGCUGUCCCGGAGGAUGAGAAGGACCCGAAGCCAACGCCUCUGGCUGUCCAGGAUGCUGCAUAUGAAGAUGGAUCGGACGAUGACGCUCUCGACCUUGGAUUCAAACUUGGGAAGUUGAGAAUGACAGACCGUGUUGGCGGAUUAUUUCGCCCAAAAAUCGCAGAAGAGGUUACGCUUGCCCUCGGGGGUUUAUCAGUUGCAGACAAACCCGCGGCUGAACCAAAGUCCAAUGCUCAGCGCUUCUCGGAACCCCUCUCUGUGUUCAAUGACUCCUUUUUCACGCCGGGGCCAUCUUACAUCGCGCCCAACUCGGACAUGUUUUUGGGAGGUGGGGAACGAAAGUACUCGCUCGUAGACUUUCUUCCAUCCCGGGCUUCCGCCAAUAGAUUAUUAAAACACUACUGGAAAGCGGUGGAUCCCAUAACCAAAAUUGUCCAUCGACCUACUUUCGAAAGGCAAAAUGAAACUUUCUGGCUAGAGGUUUCUCGGGGGUAUGAGCCCACAUGCUCUCUACAAGCAGUUAUAUUUGCCGCAUUGUUCGCUGCUGUAAUAAGUAUGACAGAAGAUUCGAUACUAAGCACCUUCGGGGUUACGCAAAAAAAUCUCACCGAAAACUUCCAGUUAGCAACAGAAAUGGCUUUGGGGAAAGCGAACUUUUUGAAAACCACCAAAACCCAAACGCUCCAGGCAUUGGUGAUGUAUAUGAUUCCAAUGUGUCGAGCAGAAGUAUCGCGUGCCCAUUCUGUGAUUGUCGGAACCGCCAUUCGUCUGGCUGAGUGUAUGGGAUUCCACCGUGACCCAGAAGAGUAUGGUCUUGGGCCGAUCGAGACACACGUUCGGAGGAUGAUCUGGUAUCAUCUAUGCUUUCUUGAUAUCCGAACGAGUGAAUCACAAGGGCCCCGCCUUUCGAUCCGCAGAGAGGAUUUCUCCACCAAGUUCCCCUUAAACAUCGACGACGAUGACUUGUGUGUCCCAUUACCUGUUCCACUGACUGAUAAAUCCCAAUGGACGGAUAUGACCUUCAUACGAAUACGUUUCGAGUGCCAUGAAUUACAGAGGAUCAUUUAUGUAGACAGGCUCAGAAUAGAGAAAAAGGGCGUAAGCCUGACGCAUGUACUGGGGAAGAUCGAAGCGUUCCGUCGCGCCGCGACAGCGAAGUAUUUCCCUCUAAUCCAUGUGCCCAAUCCAAAACCAAUACAGAAAGCUGCCAAGCUCCUUCUAUCGUUUUAUCUAAACCGUUCAUACAUCGCGUUAUUGCAUCGCUAUCAUAAUAGCGCGAAUAUGCAAGUUCCCGAUCGUCUCAGACAAAUCAUAAUAACAAGCGGUACGCAACAGAUGGAGGAUGCGAUUGAGCUUGAAACAAACCCCGAAUACAGGUCAUGGGUUUGGUAUUUAGGUGCAUUAAACCAAUGGCACACCGCCUUCCUACUCCUCGCAGAGGUCCACCAGCAUCCGCUGCGCAAGGAAGCUGAUCGCAUCUGGCGAUGUUUGUACUAUGCUUUUGAGACUUCACCAUCUCCGUACGAGCCUGGGCAAGAGAAAUACUCAGAGAGCAACAGGCGUAAGCUCUUGGUGCAUCGAGAUCGAAAAGCCCGCGAGAUCCUAAGCCAACUCCAUGAGAGGAUGAUUCACUAUCGCGAGAGGAGGAAAAUUAAAGUUCCUGUUAGCAUGCAGGGUACGCAAGAAGCGGAAAAUCUCAAUGCAAGACCUCAUCUUCAAAGGGGGGAAGGGACGGAAAUUUCCAACUUUACUCAUCCGACGGGACAACACACCGCCGCUGCCACUUCAGCCCCUGGCGGCCAUCAAAUUUCGCCUGACACUGAUCACAGAUCCAUACCACACUCCCAGCCACAUCCUCCACCGAUGGCUGCUUAUUUGCAGAAAAGCGAAUCAUAUCAGCAGUCAAACAUGCAUAGCCCACCUUCAGCGCUUCCACAGUGGCAGCCGCCGCCGCAGCAGAAGCAAUCGCCACCAAAUCCACUUCACCAACUUCCGACCUUUUCACAGCAACAUCCUGAUCAAACCGGCCAGUUCUUCUUUGGGCCGCUACAAUCUCUCCAAAAUCCCCAAUAUAUGACUGAUUAUGCUAAGCGCCUUGCCAGAGGCCAAAGCCUUGGGUCGGAGACCACUAGCUCCGAAGAUUCUGGCUCGUCCAGGUUGUGGUUUCUUCCUGGUGCUGCAUCUGGAAGCGCCGGAUUGGCUCCACCUCCUCCACCUGCAGGUGGAAUGGUGAUGGCUGGCAAUCAGGACUUUACCAAGGACCGUCCUCAAGAGGAUUUGCCAAUGCUCGAUAUUGACUGGGUAAGUUUUCUGUUGUGA